UCACCUCAUACCGCUACUAAGUCCUCGCUGAAGCCAGGCUGAAACCAGGGAAUACUAGCGAAGGCAUACCAGGAGGGUUGGAGCGUAAAAUAUUAUGAUCUGUUUUUAAUAACAUAUUUUAAGACAUGGGUUGCAGAUUUGCGCCCGACACCCAAACGGCAAGCUGAGUGAGGGGGUUGCAAUCUGAUCGUCACUGUGGCACCCGUCAACUGUUGGUCACACGGUACUGGUAGUGGAAGAUUUAUUUGGGCAUUAUUUGGUUUCUGGUGCUGAACAUUUUUAUUAUGGUCUAUAAAACUCCAUAUUGCCUUGGAACUGUCGGGAUUGCUGGCUGCCUAGCUGGUCUCUUCCUCAUCCCGUUUGUUUUUAAUGUUGUUCUUACAAGUAUUGUUAACAAGAUGAUGGUAAUAUCCCCAUCAUCACCAAUAUACACAGCUUGGAAGAAUGCAGAUAUACCAAUAUUUGAAAAUUUUUAUUUUUUUGAAGUGCUUAAUCCGGAAGAAGCGUUAAAUGGUGAAAAACCACAACUGAAAGAAAGGGGUCCAUAUGUUUACAGUAUAAAGAUGCCAAAGGAAAAUGUCUCUUUCCAUGACAAUGAAACUGUUUCAUUCGAACAAAGAUUUACAUACAUUUUUGAAGAACAUUUAUCAGCUGGACCUGAAAAUGAAACUUUCAUGAUGAUAAACCUUCCAUUAUCUACUAUUGUAUCAAUGUUUGAAGACUUCCCAGAAUUCUUAAAAACUGGUAUGUCUGCCACUUUACGUGGUCUGGGGGAGGAAAUGUUUUUACCAAUGUCCCCCAAGAAGCUGCUGUGGGGAUAUGAAGAACCGUUUUUCAAGUUUGUUAAGUCAUUUACAGGGAACCUAUUCUUCGAUUCCGACAUAUUUGGGCUAUUUCUUGGGAGAAAUAAUACUGGUCUCGGUGUGUUUAAUGUCCAAACUGGUGAAACCAAUAGAACUGAAUUGAAUAAUAUCAAUACAUGGAAAUAUAUGAAAGAGUUGCCAUGGUGGUCAGGGUAUGGGAAUAUGAUCAAUGGAACAGAUGGUUUUAUGUAUCAUCCCUUUAUAUCAAAAGAUGAAAGACUCUACCUUUUCAAUCCUGAUCUAUGCAGAUCUGUAUCGUAUGUGUAUAAUCAUGAUACUUCCUAUCGAGGUGUUCCGUUGUGGUUGUUUUCUCUGGAUCAUUUUACUUACGCUAAUUCAUCAGUUUAUCCACCAAAUGCAGACUUCUGUUCCGAAAACUGCCCUCCUUCAGGCACGUUUCCCGUUUCAAAGUGUAGACAGAAUUCUCCUAUAUCCCUCUCAAACCCUCACUUCUUAGAUACAGACAAAGAACUGCAAGAUUCAGUGGGAGGCCUUACUCCUAAUGAGAAACUCCAUCUUCAUUACAUGAGUCUUGAAAGAAUAAUGGGAAUGCCGUUUGACCUUGCCAUAAGAAUUCAAUUGAACAUACAAACAAGAAGGGAGCCUUCAAUAUCGAUUGUGAGGGUUGAUGACACCACAUUACAUAAAUAUAAUGGAGGCAUAGCAUUGUCUCAGUUAUUUAGUACCAUUAUGAAGUACUGUAUUGUUGGAAUUGGUGCUCUUCUAGUUACUGUUGCGGUUAUUCUAUUUAUACGAUCAAAAAAGAAGGAUGGCGGGAAGAAGAUAUUGAUUUCAGAGACAGAGCCUUUGUUGAACUAAAUGAGCUGAACAACAACAGAUCCAGUACCACAGCAACAGCUGUCCCUAGCCACAGAGUUUUUUUUAUUUGUUUUCUGCAGUUGAGUACAUUAAGAUUUUUUGUAUUUUUAAGUUGUACUGAGACGAAAUAUUUUUCCUUUUGUGCCCAACACUGUGCUUCACCUUGUAACAUCCAAUCCUCAUUUCUAUUUAUUCAUUUUGUUAUUUUUUUUAACUGCAUUCCAAUCAGUUCAAAACCAAAGUAAGAGUAAAUAUGGCAGAUGAUUAGAAAUGAAAAGGAGUGGAGUUGAAUACCUUGGUGGUUAAGGAAUGUAGGAGCUCUGUUGUUUAUCAUUUUAAAUGUCUAGGUUGUAAUAGUGAUUAUAUUAGUAAGACAGAUAGAUGCUUAAUAACUAGACUUAAAGAACAUUCUUCACGAUCUGAUAGUAUUAAUAAUGAUCA